AAUACAAAUUAUAACAUCAUGAAAUUUACUCCGGAGGCAGCGUUAAAUUUCACAAGGAAAAGCGUUGCUAUAAUAAUCUCUUGGCCACCACCGAUAAACAUUUCGAAAAAAGUAUCGAUCCUUUUAGACAUCUACCUUUUCGUGUCUUUUCUACUAAGCCAAGUAUUGCUAUCGACCCUGGUAUAUGGAAUGUACAUUUAUGACUAUCAGUUGGAUAUUGUAAUACGGUCAUCAUGUGUAUGCGUUACAGUUGUGCAAACGAAUAUAAAAAUGUUAAUAGCUAGACUCAAUCGUACGAAUAUGCAGCAAAUAGUAGUGGAAAUGGAAACUGUCAUUAGAGAAGCCACACCAAGCGAAAAAGCUGUACUAGAGAAAUACGUGAACAGAUCUGCGACACUUCAUAUAUGCCUUACUUUUGGAUUUUACUUAGCAAGUAUAAAUAUGUUGAUAGGACCGUUAUUUCUACCACAACCGUUUCCAGGUUAUUCCGUUUUUCCUUUCAAAACGGAUACACAUCCCAUUUACGAAAUUGCUUAUUUUGCGGUAUCAUAUCCUGGUUUACAAAGCUCUGCAGCUGCAACGGUUGAUUGUCAAGUCGCAUUUUUACUAUGGUUCGCUGGUGCAAGAUUUGAAAUGUUGAAAAAUGAAAUAGACGAAGUCCUGAACGAAUAUGAUCUCAAAAAGUGUAUAAUUAAACAUAAUCAUAUCCUCAUUUAUGCAGAAAAUAUCAUAAACACUGUGCGAUAUCUUAUCUUUACUGCUGUAAUUGUAGCAUCUAUAUUAAUAGUGUUCAGUGGAUUCUUAUUCUUUUUUGUGGAUUCGUUCAUAAUCAAAUUUCAAUUCCUUAUUCUGGAUGUUGUCGCUGUUAUUCAAUUAUAUCUUAACUCUAAUCCGGCUGAAAAUUUAAUAGAAAUGAGUACCGAGAUUGGAUCAGCAGUUUAUAAUUUGAAUUGGACUGAUAAAUCAAAAAUGAUAUGGAGAAAUAUGUACAUUUUAAUGCAAAGAUCUCAAAAGCCAGUAAUACUUAGUGUCGGUGGAUUUCUGCCUGCAUUGUCUUUGAGUUAUUACAUGUCGUAUCUAUCCACGUGUUUCUCAUAUUUCACAACAAUGAAAGCUAUGAUGCAGUAAAGGAUUAAUUAAAUUUUAAUUAAUUCUACAAUUUCUGCAAGUUCACUUAUUCAA